CUUUUCCUGCACGCGAAAGCGUCCUUCAUCGACGAUUUUCGCCAUGCCGUGCGUCAUGUGGAAUACGGUUUUGAGAAAAUGCUUGGUGACGUCGUCACGGACAUGGAAGAUACCAUACACUGUACUGUGGCAGCCAUGGAACAUAUUUUAAUAAUGAACGGCAUCCUCGACAAGUUAUCAGAUUACAACAGGAGAUGCCCAGACGACUAUUCGGAGACCAACGCGAAAGAAUCGCAACACGAAACGCGCAUGGAAUCGACAGAUUUUGUUAUCAGAGAUCCCAAUAAGAAGUACAUUACCUCGCAGGACUUACACAGUUCCAUACAAAAUGUCAAUCGAACGUUAAACGAUAUUCUCUCCAGAAGGUUAAAAGAAGACACAAAUAACGGCAUAUCGGAUAUGUUGCGAAAUGAAACGAAUCGUUUGUCCGAAGUGAGCACUAUGCUGCGGAGAGAGUUACAGAAAGUAUUCAAUAACGUUCGUGGUGAGCUCGACAAAAUUGACUUCGAACAAGAAUCACCGGAGGAUGUUGUCAGCGAUGAAAUAAAACUGUUAGAAAAAGCGGAAAAAGAUGGCAAUUCUACCGAAGUAGAUGAAAUUCGGCACGUCGUAGAUGAUGCAAUUAAUGUUUUGAAAUCAGACGAGCACAUCAACUCGGAAAGAACAAGAAACAAUGAAAUAGACAAAAUUAUAAAAGAAUUAGAGAACGCUGAAAAUGAAAGCUUAAAAGAUUUCAAAGCAAGUAGAGAUCGAGAAAUUGAAAAACUCAACAACGAGUACGAAUCAUCCGAAGAAAACAUAUUUACAGCAACAGGGAAGAAAGAUUUAAUUAAACACAAUAAAGGCUAUGAAAAUCAGCCUUCCGAAGUAGAUGAAAUUCGUCACGUAGUAGACGAUGCUAUUAAUGAUUUUAAAUCGGACAAACACACUGACUCAGAAAGGAGAAGUAACAAUGAAAUAGACAAAAUUGUAAACGAAUUAGAGAACCCUGAAAACGGAAGCUUCAAAGAUUAUAAAGCAAACAGAGAUCGUGAAGUUGAAAACCUAAACAACGCGUACCAAUCAUCGGAAGAUAACAUUUUUACAAAAGCAGAGAAGAAACACAAUAAAGGCUAUGAAAAUCAACCCACGAGUUACCUUUCACCGCUUUUUAUACCGUUCAGCAAAAGCAACGAAAAGGAGACCAUCCAUGAAGUCAUGGACAUGAUGAAAGAUAGCCAAAUUGUGAAUUUGCUUUUUAAUGACGACCAACCUGGAACAGAUCUGUUUGCCAAUCCAAAUUUAUUUAAAUUUUUUUGA